ACCUAUUUCCUCUUGGUGCGAUCGUGAAAGAACAUUGGCCAACCUCAGUUGGUUUAGAGGAAGAGAACUUCAAGCACGGAACGGAAGACACUCCAUGACGCCAGUCCCUUGGUCUUUUUUGUUAUUUCUUCACAUGCUCGUGAGAGAUUGAGCGCGAAUCGCCCUUCCCCAGGUGAGGCUCUGUGAAGCCCGGUGAGAUAACAAGUGUGUGGUGCUGAGGAUGCUCUCUUGGCCAAGCAGAAGGGCUGCUGUGUGCUGGUGAACGUGCCUUUUUUUUAACGGAGAGAAGGACAGAAACAUGGCUGACACGGAGGAGGCGACGGAGACGGAGCGGCCCAAACUAAGGGAUCAAAAAGUCCUCACGAGGUCUACAGACCCCAAGCGCAUGAGUGAGGCUCUACGAGAGUUUGACAGCUUCGAGGUGGUGAUUAACUAUGAUCCUGUUGAGGAGUAUGAUGCAGACCCUGCAUACGCUGAUGCAGAUUCCUUCUCUAUAGAGAAUAUAGAUCAAGAAGAUGAUGCAACGAGUGAAGAAGUGACUCAGCAGUCUCAGUGUGAUGUGGAUGACAAAGAAGAAGGUCCAUCUGCCCAGGAUGCCGACCAGGCCCUGUGCCGCUGCGAUGGGGGCGUGGAGAUCGCCAUGCAGUACGCCAAGAUGUGGUGCCGCUACGCUAAAGACCUGCUGGCCUGGAUGGACAAGAGAAUCAGCUACGAACAAGAGUUUGCCAAGAACAUAAUGAGAGCGGCAGAAACGGCUAAAUCAAGUGUGUCCCAGCAGGACAUGAUGCCAUUGCAGUACAUCUACACUAUGGCCCUGGAGCAGGAUGCGAAGAACAGCUCGAACGCCAAACACACGGCGGAGCUGCUUCAUCAGCGCUGCUACCAGGCGCUUGCAUGCAAGAGGAAUGAGAUUGAUAGGUGGCGAAGGGAGUUUAAGGAGCAGUGGAGCAAGGAGCAGAAAAAAAUGAACGAUGCAGAGUCGGCUCUGAAGAAGGCUCGGCAACAGUACAUCCAGCGCGGUGAGGAGCUGGAGAAGGCGAAGGCCGUGACCGCCAAGGCAGUGGAGGAGUCCGGGGGAUACAAGACCCUGGACAAGAGGAGGAAGUCCAGAGAUGAUGCUCAGACGAGGAUGACGGAGGCCGAGCAUCUCUACAAGCAGUGCGUGACCGACGCUCAGAACCACCAGGACGAACUGGAGAGGGUGAAGGAGAAGAUAGUCAUCCACAUCCGCAAACUCAUCUGUCAGGGGGACACCGUGUUGAAGGAGGUUACGGUGAACAUGUUCUUCUUCCAGCGAGCGCAGACGGAGCCUAUACCUUUGGGUUACCACAACCUGGAGCUCACGUGCAGGCCAUACGAGCCUGGCGAGCCCUUUCUGCGUUAUAUCUUUGGGAACCAACAGCAGCUAAAACCUCUGCAGACAUUCGCCUUUCAGGAAUAUGUCCCACAGGGCAGGAGGUCGCCCUCCGGUGGACGCCGUAAAACAAGCAACCCCCUCAGCCAUCUUCAAGACUCCUAUGCUCUUCCCGACGAUGUAAAGCGACACAGCGGCGAUGGGCGUCGUCCUGGUAACAGUGACAGCGAGAGUAUGGGAGGAAGUCUUGAGUCUCUGUGCAGUCCUGCCCAUGGGAAUCGGAGGAUUCCAAAAGUUCUUUCUGGUACCUUGUCAUCAGAUGACCUCGAUGAGAGAGAGAUGGGGACUGUGUAUGAGAGCGAAAGAAUAGACGCCUUGUCUGAGAGCAAUGGGUCGACAGGCAAAGUGCGUACAUCACGAGCGGCCCUCACUCAUCGGCUCAAGAAAUCGAAGAGCAAAAUGGUCAAGUGCAAGCAGUGUGAAAACUAUGUCCUGGUCAAUGGAGUCGAGUGCGGGGAGUGUGGUCUUGUGAUUCACAGGAAGUGUCUGGAGGUUUGUCAGCUGGAGUGUGAGCAGCGGAAGGGGCUUCUGUUUGGGACAUGCUUGUCUCUCCUACCCAGGGAGACUCCGGACGAAGUGCCCUACAUAGUGCGCGUCUGCACAGCGGAGAUUGAGAACAGGGCCAUGACAGUACAGGGUGUGUAUCGGAUCAGUGGGGCCAAACCUCGGAUUCUGAAGCUCUGCCAGGCCUUUGAGAUCCAGAAGGAUAAUGUCGACCUCUCUGAACACUCUCCCCAUGACAUCUCCUCUGUCUUAAAGCACUUUUUCAAAGAGCUGCCUGAGCCACUGCUGACCUUCGACCUGUACACCAACUUCAUCAAUUUGGGCAAAGAGAUCCAGCAUAUGAGCGAGAAGAGCCAUGUCGCAGAGAAUCCUAAGAUGGUGGUGGACAUAAUGCGUUCUCUGAGAGAGUUGUUGGAGCGGCUUCCUCUGAGCAACUACAGCACUCUGUUUCACAUAUUGGCUCACCUGUACAGGGUGUCAGAGUGUUACGAGGAGAACAAGAUGUCACCAGGAAACCUGGGCAUCAUUUUCGGUCCGACUCUCUUGCGCCCCCUGGUGUCGGGAGAUGUGUCAAUGCUGGCCCUGCUGGAGACGAGCUAUCAGGCUCUGCUGGUGGAGUUCCUCAUCUCCCACCACCGCCAGGUGUUUGGACAAGAGCAGGAGAGGCCAUGCACCCCUCCACCUCCAGUGCCCACCGCCCCACUCCCACAGACCCCCACCAGGACUGCCUGCCCCACGACACUGGCUGCCAGCGUCCCAAAAGAGGAAGGAGCGACCUUUCGAGAGCGUCCUUGCUCGCUGGAGACCAGCACUAUCAAGAGAGACUCAAGCGAGGGUUACAUUUCUGACAAGUCCUCCUCCAAUGAAGCAGUGGACCAGCUCAGCCCACAGGCCAAUGAGAAAGCAGCAGUCCUGGCUGUGAGACGAGCUCCACCCGCAGCCUGUGGGGGACCAGGCCCCUUCCAGGCAGCCCAGCCCCGCCGGCCCAUCAACAGGCAGCCGGUGAAGCUCCACAGGCAUCCCACCCCAGCACCCAGAGCCCGCCCCACCAGCUUCCGCAGCGGCGCAGACAACGCAGCAGAGAAGCCAGAGAGUGCAGACAGCAGCCGCAGCUCCUCCCCAGAGCCACGAUGCCCAAUGGAGACCCAAACCCAAACCCACACACAGCUCCAGGUCCAGACACGCGCACACAUCCAGGUCCAGACACGCGCACACAUCCAGGGAUGGCGGGAGAACACCCCGGAGACGGCCCGCCCACGGAGCAGAGCAGGGCUGGCCCUGCAGGGACACCUGUCCCCGGCCAGACUGGACGUGAGAUUGGACGACACGGUGGCAGCCCUGGCGGCUGCAGCCGCAGCCAAUCAAAAGGGCGGCCACUCCGAGGGGGUGGAACCAGCUAAGAGCAAAACGGACCAAUUGGCUAAGCUGAACAGCAACCAGUCCAAUAACAGGCACGGGGGAGAGGGUGAGGGUAGAGCCCUCGGCCAGUCUUUGAGGAAGCUGUCGGGGGACGAAUGGACUGCCAACAAGAUUCUGUCUGGGCUGAAGCUAAGGCGCUGUGGUUUGGGGAAAGGGGAGCAGCUGCAUUUCGUCUGAGUGACACAGGACUGGUCUUCCUAGACUGAUCAAACAUAAACUACUCCACACCUACAGCGUACAGUAUGUAAACAUAGGCACUGAGACACUGUUCAUCUCUAUUCAAAAACACAUUUAUCGGCUUCUGGUACAUUGCUUUUGAGUAAGGAUUUAGUUUAGUUUUUAACACUUUCAUAUGUCUCCGAGUCAUGAGUUCAAAGCCCUAAACAUACUGUCGUAACGCACUGGAACAACCCUCAGGCCACGGGACUUUACAGCAAAGGAUUUGUUGCAAUAAGGAACUUUGAAAGAGUCUGAGUUGUUUUUCUUAUGAUCAGAGCAAAUUGCCAUAUUUAUUUCAUGCGGAUCUGUGGUCUACUCCAAAGUCUUGAAAUACAACAUGAGUAGGACUAUUCCAGCAGCACAUGCAGUCAAAAGAGAAUUCGUCCGAGGAAAGAUUUAACAGGCUUUUUUUCUCUGUAUAGUCAUUGAUGACAGCUGGGAAUUCAAUGUAUGAAGUGGCAGAGUGUUCUUUUACAGUAUUUUGUAUGUAACUAUGUUUUAAAUGGUCAAAAAUACUAUACAAUCAAUUCUACCAA